AUGUCAAGUACAAGACCUGAUCUUAAAUUCACUGAUAACGGUGAUGAAAGACUGUACUAUCGAAAGUAUUCACAGUUACCUCCAAAGGACAGUUUUGUCAUUCGAUUCAUUGACCAUAAUAAAGACUAUUUCACUGCGCUAGACGAAGAUGCUGAUUUAAUUGCUGACAAUAUUUACAAGACCCAGUCUGUGAUUAAAUACAACCAGCAAAACAAGAAUAGAUACGUUACAAUUUCUCACCAAGUCUUCACCAAUAAUGUAUUGAAGUUUUGUCUUAUUGACAAACAUUUGAAGGUGGAGAUUUAUAAUAACAAAACUUUCAAGUUAAUUACUGCAGCAACUGCUGGGAAUUUGCAAGCUAUAUCAGAAGAAUACGAAGUUAAUCUUGAAGGAAUGUUUCAAGAUUGCUCUAAUCCAAUUACUGCUGCUGUCAAGUUUCAAUCAGGUGCAACCGGUAAGAAAGUUGGUGUUUGUUUGAUUGACGUUCUGAAUUCAAGUAUUCUCUUGUCAGAAUUUGAUGACAAUGAGUUAUAUUCCAAUUUAGAAAGUUUAAUGUUACAACUAGGUGUUAAAGAAGUGAUUUUGCCUUCCAAUUACAACCCUCAGGAAGAAAAUAGCAAUCCUGAGAUCAUCAAAUUAUUUCAAGUUCUUGACAAGAUUGGAAAUAUUGUGGUGAGUGCAGCAAAGUCGUCAUCAUUCAACCAUAAAGAUAUUGAACAGGAUUUAACCAAGUUGGUAGUUGAUGAAGAUGAUAAUGAGUCUACCAUAGAACUUACUUUAACUUCGAAAGGUAUCAACAGUUUAGAUUUCCCAUUGUCCUUAUCCUGUUGUAAUGCCCUUAUUCAAUACCUUGACUUAUUGGGAGAACUAAACACUGAUAAAGCGUUUACAAUCAACAAAUACAAUUUGUCAAACUUUAUGAAAUUGGAUUCAUCCACCAUGAAGGCAUUGAAUAUUUUUCCACAAGCUGGUUCUUCAACAUACAAGAGCUCUUCUGGUAAUAUCACAUCGAUAUUUGAAUUACUAAACAAAUGUAAAACCACUGCUGGUUCAAGAUUGUUAUCUCAAUGGCUUAAGCAACCGUUAACCAAUUUGAAUUUGAUUCAAGAACGUCAAGCAUUAGUUGAACUUUUGAUUGAAAAUACCGGAUUAAGAGUGGCAGUAACUCAAGAUAUCUUGCCUCAAGUUCCUGAUAUCAAACGAUUAACCAAAAACAUUGCUUUAAACAUUCAUAAAGCAACUGGGAACGAGAAUAAGAAAUUGGAUGAUGUUGUUAAGUUAUAUCAAAUGGUGUUAACAUUACCUAACUUAAUCGAUACUUUGACCACCACCUUACUGGAAAGUUCAGACCAAGAAGAAUUAAAAUCUUAUAUCAAGAAAUAUUGGCUUGAUCCUAUUGAAAAAUAUUAUCAAUCAUUGACUAAAUUUGCUGAACUUGUUCAAACUACAAUCGAUCUUUCACCUUUAGAUUCAGGUGAUCUUUUACAUAAUGAUUUCAACAUUCGUCCUGAAUUCGACUCUUCUCUUGUUGAAAUCAAUAACAAAUUACAAUCUAGUUUGGCAAAUAUUAAACAAUUACAUGCUGAUGUUGCUGAUGAUUUAAAUAUGGAAGUUGACAAGAAAUUGAAAUUGGAGAAACAUAUUCAACACGGUUGGUGUUUCCGAGUUACAAGAAUAGAUUCGGUUGUUUUAAGAAAUAAAGGAAAGAAGUAUAAUGAAUUACAAACGGUUAAAGCUGGGGUGUUCUUUACUACCAAGGAACUUGUUGGUCUUUCUCAAGAAUAUUAUGAUUCUUAUCACGAAUACAACCAAAAGCAAAAGGAGCUUAUUAAAGAAGUAUUAGAAAUUGCCUUGACUUAUAGUCUGGUUUUCCUCAAUUUAAGUUUAAGUCUUGCUCAUCUCGAUGUAUUGAAUAGUUUUGCCAAUGUUGCUGUGAUUGCCCCUACUGCUUAUGUUAAACCUAAAUUACAACCAUUGGCUUCAGAAGUUGAAUCAGUUGAAUUCACAAAUAGAAAGCUUCAAUUGCAAGAAGCUAGACAUCCUUUACUUGAAGUUCAAGAUGAUAUCAACUUCAUUGCCAAUGACGUUUUCUUAUCCAAUGAUUCUAAUGCCAAGGGCAAGUCCUUUGUUAUUAUAACAGGUCCAAAUAUGGGAGGUAAGUCUACCUAUAUUAGACAAAUUGGAGUUAUUGCCCUUAUGAGUCAAAUUGGAUGUUUUAUUCCUGCCAGCGAUGUCGAUUUCAUUCCAGAAAUACCUAUUUUUGAUGCUAUAUUAUCCCGUGUUGGUGCAGGAGAUUCUCAAUUGAAAGGAUUAUCAACUUUUAUGAUUGAAAUGUUAGAAACAUCUUCAAUCUUGGCUACUGCUACACACAAUUCUUUAAUCAUCAUUGAUGAAUUAGGUAGAGGAACUUCCACCUAUGAUGGGUUUGGAUUGGCUUGGUCUAUAAGUGAACAUUUGAUCAGUUCCAAACAAUGCUUUUCAUUAUUUGCAACUCAUUUCCAUGAAUUAAAUCAAUUGUCAGAAAAAUAUCCCAACAAAGUAGAUAACCUACACGUUGUUGCUCAUUUGGAAAAGACUGAUGCUAAAGAAGAUGAUGAUAUUACGUUAAUGUAUAAAGUAGAACCAGGAAUCUCAGAUAAAUCAUUCGGUAUUCAUGUUGCAGAAUUAGUCAAGUUCCCUACUAAGAUAAUCAACAUGGCUAAGAGGAAAGCUUCCGAGUUGCAGGAAGAAAAACAAGACGAUGCUGAUAACGAAUAUAUCCAAUCUAAACGAACCAAAUGUUCACCCGAAGAGGUUACUACUGGGGUCAAGAAAUUAAAGCUGAUCUUGAAAUCUUGGAAAGCCGAAUGUUAUGAUGGUACCAAAUGUAAAUUUGAUUCCACAACUACAAUCGCCAAAUUGAAGGAGAUUUUAUCCAAAGAAUCAGAAGCUAUACAAUCAGACAAGUUGAUUUCAGAAAUUAUAGCUUUAUUAUAA